AUGCUUCGAAGACUUGCCCAACUCCUCCCUGCCCUCGCCAUCUCCACUCUCGUCUCAGCUCAUGGUUAUGUACAGCAGGUGACGAUCGACGGCACCGUCUACAAGGGCAAUAACUUAAAUGUGGAAACCCCUGCCCCUUCUAUCAUCCGUCUUGUCAGUACGAACAGUCCCGUUAAGGGUGCCCAAAACCCGUACAUCAACUGUGGGCAAGACGCUCAGUUCGCUUCCCUGGCAGGAAAUGCGAACCCUGGCUCCCAGCUCGAGAUUCUAUGGGUCGGCGGAACAGAUGGGUCAUCCAACUGGCCCCAUAACACAGGCCCACUGAUGCACUACAUGACCAAGUGCGAUGGCUCUUGCUCAACGUACAACUCGACGAACUCCGAGUGGUUCAAGAUCUCUGAACUUGGUCUCGAGGCGGACGGCAAUACCUGGUAUCAAGCAAACUUGAAUUCUCGAGCUCCUGCGAACGUGACGAUCCCGAGCACUCUCGCACCCGGAAAUUAUUUGCUUCGCUCGGAGAUUAUCUCCCUCCAACUUGCAAUGUCUUCAGGAGGCGCUGAGUUUUACCCUGCGUGCAUUCAACUUCAAGUCGGCGGUUCUCAAACUCAGGGCCCGACGUCGAGCGAGGAGUGCUCAUUCCCUGGUUGUUACAGUGAUGACGAUGCCGGUAUUCUAACACCAGACAUCUACAACCCUCCCAUUCAGUACACGUUCCCCGGCCCUCCUGUCGCAAGCUUCGUGGACGCCGGGUCAAGCUCUGCUGCGCCUUCUUCCGCCGGCUCUGUAUCGGGUUCCUCAGCAGGGACUACAUCAACCUUUGCCAACGGCCCUUCCUCCACCAUUAUCGCAUCAGCCACUCCAAGUCCAACGGUGACAGGGCAGUGCAUGCUUAGUGGCCGUUCCGUCAACGAGGGUGUUGUCAAGCGAGACAGCAGGAACAAGCGGACGCACAAACGGAGACUUGUCCGUUCGCACUAA